AUGCUCCUGCCCUCCUUCAAAAAAGAGAAAUGCUUGGGCCUCUUCGCGGCCACGCUGCGGCAGGCGUUGCCUAGCUCGAUCUUGUCCUCGCCGAUCUUGCGGCAGAUCUCUCCCACGUACUGGCGGCUCCGCCCCGCCGGGGUCAUCCACUGCGGCCUCCCAAACACCUUCAUCUGGUGGUUGUGGAAGAAGCUGAUCAUGGCCAGGGCGCUGUGGCCCAUCACGUCCGCCGCCGUGCUGCUCCAAAGCGCCGCCGCCAUCGGCACGAGGUAG